AUGCUCCGACUCCGAGAUCAGCCCCAUCAGCCUCCUGCAAUUAGGCCCCCGCACCGACUUUCGCCCAUCCUUAUAACUGAGCUUCCUCAUCCAUCGCAACUGAAAGUACUCCAUGCUUUGUACUCUGCACAGAGCCCGUCAGAUUCACUUCCCGCGUCGUUUCCUUUCAUCGAGUGGUCUUUUACUAAGUUCAAGCCCAACCGUCUGAAAAGAACCCCGCCCCCCGCACUAUCGCUCUCACCCGCCAGAACCAUCCAACACAAAUUAACCAUGGACGCCAUCUUCGCCCAAGCCAUGAAAGAAACCGCCGCCCUGCGGAAAAUCUCGGUUCCAUGGAAAGCAGAUGAGCCUCACCCGCAAUCAUACUACACCUUUGACAAAACCACGUUGUCCUGGACUCCCAAGGUCCCCUCUUCCUCCAGCGCUGGCGUUGAUGCUGGAGUGGGGCGAAGUGACAAUGCAACCAUCAACAACAUCGCCCUUUUUACCUGGAACAUCGACUUCAUGCUCCCGUUCGCUGAAGCUCGCAUGAAGCCCGCUUUGGUACACUUGAACGAGUUAACAAGCUCCAUCCCCGCAAGCACAGCAGUCGUGAUCUUCCUCCAGGAAUGUACCUCCUCUGACCUAUCCACCAUCGCGAAUACAUCCUGGAUACAGGAUAGAUUCCACAUCACCGAUCUCGACCAUAGUGCCUGGGCGACAGGGCACUACGGCACGACGACACUAAUCGAUGCUCGGCUCUCCAUAUCAUCGGCGUUUAGGGUACAUUAUGCCGCAACACGCAUGGACCGCGACGCAUUCUUCGUCGAUGUUUGUAUCAGUGGGAAAAAAAUCCGGCUUUGCAAUACACACCUCGAAUCCAUGGCCCUCGACCCCCCUUUUCGAAUUCCGCAGAUGAAGCUUAUCGCAGGCUACAUGCAUGACACUAGCCUAACCGCAGCCAUAACAGCGGGCGACUUCAACGCAAUCCAACCCUUCGACCGAACGCUCCAUGUCGACAACGACAACAAUCUCAAAGAUGCCUUCCUUGAACUCGGCGGGAAAGAGGAUACAGACGAGGCAUACACAUGGGGCCAGCAAGCCGCGACGGCACUACGUGAGAGGUUUGGGUGUUCGCGAAUGGAUAAGGUUUAUUUCUGCGGUUGGGUGAAAGUUCUCAGGUUCGAGAGGUUUGGAGGCGACAUUCUUGUUGAUGGGGAGGCGGAGGCGAAGACUAUACUCGGGCUGGGGUUUGAGAAGCCGUGGGUUACGGAUCACUUGGGUGUUAGAGCCGAGUUUGAGGUUUCGGACCGGGUUGAGAGGGGACAGCUAUAG